AUGCCGCUCGAUCCACUCCCCGAGAGCCUACUCCCGUUCCUAUCACCCUACCUACCACUGGACCACCCAGACCGGCCAUUCGUAACACUCACUUACGCGCAAUCGCUAGACGCACGCAUCGCAGCCGAGCCAGGCGUGCAGACCAAGCUAUCGCACAGCGAGACCAAGACCAUGACGCACUACUUGCGCUCGAAACACGAUGCCAUCUUAGUUGGAGUAGGCACGGCCCUCGCGGAUGACCCCAAGCUCAAUUGCCGCUUCCCCGGCUCGACAACGACAACGGCGCGGAUCCGGCCCGUGAUUGUUGAUCCGAGGAGACGGUGGAAGUACGCGGGGUCAACGUUGCGGAAGUUGGUUGAGCUGGGCGAUGCUCUCGCGCCGAUUGUCGUUGUUGAUGCUUCGACGCUGGUUGGCACUCACGGUGGUGAUGAGGACGUGAGGUUGAUCCGCGAGGGUGGGGGCGAACUUCUCGCAGCGCGGAUUUUAGAUGACCAUGGAUCGAGACGCGAUAACAGUUGGGAGGUGAUCUUGGCGUUGUUGCAUGCGUAUGGGAUCAAGUCGGUGAUGGUUGAAGGUGGUGCCAUGGUCAUUAACGAGUUGUUGUGUUCGAGCUCAGCUAUCGUUGACAGUUUGAUCGUUACUGUUGCCCCCGUGUUCCUAGGCCAACGCGGCGUGCUAGUCUCCCCGCGGGAGCAGGUGGAGUUGCGCAAUGUUGACUGGUGGAAGGGGAUAGUGGAUAGCGUCAUGUGCGCUAGGAUAAAGUAA